AUGCUUCUGUUUCGAAACUCUGCAAAUUCGAAAAUAUUUUUACAAGCAUGUAGGAGUCAACUAAUAAAGAGCCAAUCAUCAUCAUCAUCCUCAUCCUUAUCUCCAUCUAGGCUAUUAACCUUGAAGUCAUUACGAAAUGGUUCAGUUUUAAACUUCAGCACACGAGCUACAACUUCACCUUUAUUAUUCAAACAAUCAUCAUCAAUAUGGCAAAAAUCUUCCAUUAUAUCUUCAUCGCCUUCGUCAUCACCAAUUGAGAAAAAUACAGUGAAACCGAUUCAACUUGCAAAAAGUGAUUCCAUUACAACCACCACGAUAAUAAAAAAAAAAACAGAAUCCAAAGCACCAACGAUUUCAGAAAUGAAAAUUUUAAAAGAUUUAUUCAAAUACAUUUGGCCUAGAAAUAACAAAAAGUUAAAUAAGAGUCAUCAUUGCGUUAACAUUGUUAAUUGGAGCCAAAUUAUUAAACGUUCAAGUCCCAUUUUUUUCAAACAAACAAUCGAUUCCAUGAAUAUUGAAUGGUCUGACCCAACUAUCGCCUUACCCAUGUCUAUUUGUCUCACAAUUUUCUCAUAUGGUGUUGCAAGAUUUGGUGCUGUAUUAUUUGGUGAAUUAAGAAACGCUGUCUUCGCUAAAGUAGCACAAAAUGCAAUCAGAACUGUAUCCUUAGAAACUUUCCAACAUUUAAUGAAAUUAGAUCUUGGUUGGCAUUUGAAAAGACAAACUGGUGGUCUUACAAGAGCAAUGGAUAGAGGUACUAAGGGUAUUUCAUAUGUAUUGAGUGCAAUGUUAUUCCAUAUAAUACCCAUUGGAUUUGAAAUUUCUGUAGUUUGUGGUAUCUUAACUUAUCAAUUUGGUGCAUCCUUUGCUGGAAUUACUUUCACCACGAUGUUAUUAUAUUCUAUAUUCACAAUUAGAACGACUGCAUGGAGAACUCAAUUUAGACGUGAUGCAAAUAAAGCUGAUAACAAAGGUGCAUCUGUGGCUUUGGAUUCAUUAAUUAAUUUUGAAGCUGUAAAAUAUUUCAAUAAUGAAACUUACCUAAGUAAUAAAUAUCAUGAUUCAUUAUUACAAUAUAGAGAUUCCACUAUUAAAGUUGCUCAAUCAUUAGCGUUUUUGAAUUCAGGGCAAAAUUUAAUCUUUACAAGUGCAUUGACUAUGAUGAUGUAUCUCGGUUGUACGGGAGUCAUUGAGGGUAAUUUAACAGUUGGUGAUUUAGUUUUAAUUAAUCAAUUAGUUUUCCAAUUAUCUGUCCCAUUAAAUUUCCUUGGUAGUGUUUAUAGAGAAUUAAAACAGUCAUUAAUUGAUAUGGAAUCAUUAUUCCAAUUGAGGAAGAAUCCAAUAAAGAUUCAAAAUGCAAAGACUGGACCUGCACCAAUAAUGUUGAAAUCAUCAGAUGGUCCAUUUGAAAUUAAAUUCGAAAAUGUUACAUUUGGUUACGAUACUAAUAGAAAGAUUCUUAAGAAUGCAAGUUUUAUCAUACCAGCUGGUCUCAAGACUGCCGUAGUGGGACCAUCUGGUAGUGGUAAAUCUACCAUACUAAAAUUAGUUUUCAGAUUUUAUGAUCCUGAAGAAGGUAGGGUGUUAAUUAAUGGUAUUAAUGUUCAAAGAUAUGAUAUUGAUUCUUUAAGAAGAGUAAUGGGGGUUGUUCCACAAGAUACACCAUUAUUUAAUGAUACUAUAUGGGAGAAUGUUAAAUUUGGUAGAAUUAAUGCAAAUGAUGAAGAAAUUAAACAAGUUAUUGAAAAGGCACAAUUGGCACCAUUAAUUGAAAAAUUACCACAAAGAGAAAAGACCAUAGUUGGUGAAAGAGGACUAAUGAUUAGUGGAGGUGAAAAGCAAAGAUUAGCCAUUGCUAGAGUUUUGUUAAAGGAUGCAAAUAUAAUGUUUUUCGAUGAGGCAACGAGUGCGUUAGAUACUCAUACAGAACAAGCAUUAUUAAACACGAUUAGAGCAAACUUCCCCAGCGGUACAAGAACAAGUAUAUAUAUUGCUCAUCGAUUAAGGACUAUUGCAGAUGCAGAUAAGAUUAUUGUCUUGGAAGAUGGUAAAGUCAAGGAGGAAGGUAGUCAUAAUGAAUUGUUGGCUACAAAAGGAUCAUUGUACAGUAACUUAUGGAAUAUUCAAGAGAAUUUGGAUCUUCUUGAAGAAGAGUUGAAAGAAGAGAAGGAGGAAUUAAAGAAAAUGAAUUAG